AUGCCACCGUCCUCCAAAGACGCAGGAGACGAUAAGGACGGCACGGCAGAUAUAGCGCCGAAGGCAAACGAGACACCUGUGUUGCAGCAGCCGGCCACGAACUACAGCAAGACAAUCGUGAUGGGCAAGGUGUCUUCUGAAGACACAGAUUGGGUAGCUACCGAGCUGCCAGACUGGGACCGAGCAAUUUACGUCGUGGAUCUCCCUUCCAACGCAACAUCCCCUACAGGCCUGAGAACCAAGCUGAACAAAGCCAGAGAGGCCAACCCAUAUCUUACAUUCAUCAUCGAGAACUACGACAACUUGCCCGACAUCGCGGUGUUCCUGCACGCGCACCGCAAUGGAUGGCCGGCGGCCUGGCACAACGAUGCCAAUGGCCACGACGCCGUGGUAAUGCUGAAAGAAUUACAGCUCGCUACCGUGGAGAAGAGAGGCUACGUGAAUCUUCGCUGUAUUCAUGACCCUGGUUGUCCACGGGAACUGGACAUGAAUCCUCCCGGCCCUGCGAAUCAAGUCGAGGAUGCAUAUCCGCAUGUGUAUGCGGAAAUGUUCAAUAUGACUGUUGAUGCGGUGCGUGAGCAGGUUCCUGAGGUCGGGAGUCCUUGUUGUGCGCAAUUUGCUGUGACGAGGGCGGAAAUUUUGAAGAGGCCAAAGUCGGAUUAUGAGUGGAUUCUUGCGGUGCUGGAGCGGUCUGAACUGGAAGACUAUGUCUUGGGCAGGGUCAUGGAGUAUACUUGGCAUAUCCUUUUCGGAAGGGACGCUGUGUAUUGCGAGGACCACCGGGUAUGCUGGCGGGAGGUUUAUGGACGGCCAUCGUUCUGGUGA